AUGGCAUAUUUCUCGACCAGUGUGGUUUUGCUAGUGGCCGUUUCCAACGCAUUUGAAUUUGGACUCGUGGCUGGUGAGGGCCUGGACAUUAGAGAAAACAGCAUUCUGGACCGGGAAGAACCUACAGUACAUGCUCGAGAAAGACAGUUUGUGCCUUCCAUGAGUAUACAGAACAGCAAGGGGCUUAAUAAAACCUGCUGUCUGAAUGGAGGGACCUGCAUCCUGGGAUCCUUCUGUGCCUGCCCUCCUUCCUUCUACGGACGCAACUGUGAACGGGAUGCACACAAAGAGCACUGUGGGUCUGUCCUCCAUGGCACCUGGCUACCCAAGAAGUGUUCCCUGUGCAGGUGCUGGCAUGGCCAGUUCUCCUGUUUGCCUCAGACCUUUCUACCUGGCUGUGAUGGUCAUGUGAUGGACCAGGAUCUCACAGCAUCCAGGACUGCGGGGCAAGCACCGUCUGUGACGACUACUUUCAUGCUAGCUGGCAUCUGCCUUUUUCUAGAAAUGAAAGUAUAGGUGUCCUGUGAAUUUGAUGCCAACCAGAGUCAUAUAACAAAGACAGCAUUCAUCUUAAAAUAAUGCUUGCAGUGAUUCCUAACACUCCCCCUCAAAACACUA